GCGCAGGGAACCCGUUUCCUUCUGGAGAGCAGCUCUUAACGGUCUCAGGCUGCUGGACAUUUAUUGGACGCUUUUCUGUUUUCUGAAGAAUAAAAACAAGUUAAUAAGGUCUCCCUCAGCAUCAUGUCUGUCACUACAUGGGAGGUUCUGGCUGAUAAUCUUCUAAUAACGAAAGAGAGGAAUUCAAUUGUUGAUCACAAGAUUUCAAAUCCUGUAGAAAUAAAACAGGAACCGGGGGAAACAGAUCCACAGCAGAUCACUGAGACGAAACAGGAACCAGAACUUCUGUCAAUGAAAGAAGAAGAGACUCAACUGAGGAUCUUCCAGGAUGAUGGGCAGAUUUUACCAAAGCAGGAGAACAACACUUCUAUGGCGAUUCCUGCUGAUGAGGAAAUAUUCCAUAAUGAGCCAGAACUGGAGCAGAUGAUGGAGACAAAGGAGGAACCAGAACUUAUCCAGAUUAAAGAGGAGCAGGAGGAUUUCUGCAGUGAUCAGGAUGGGAAGCAGAUUGUACUAAAACAGGAACCUGUUGAGCUAAGGGACGGCAGUGAACCAGAACCAAACAAGAACCAGAACCUCUCUGGGAUCCAUCCUGAAGAUGCGAACCGUCAUGAACAAGGAAGCAACCAGGAAGACUCAGGAUCCAGUAAAGAUACAGAUCUGGACAUCAGAAAUAUCAGGGACAAUCUGGACAGUUCAGAACUAGAACAUCAUAAAAAUGUUCCUUCUUGUGAAAUAUGUGGCAAAUCCUUCACAAGACGUAAAUACUUGACGUCUCACAUGCAAACUCAUACAGGAGAGAAGCCAUAUUCCUGUAGGCUCUGUGACAAAUCGUAUAAGCGGAGUAGCGAGUUAGCACGUCACAUAAAGGCUCACACAGGUGACAAACCCCACCCUUGUGAAUUGUGCAGUAAAUCUUUCAGACAGAGCAGUGAGUUGGUGGGUCACAUGAGAACCCAUACAGGUGAGAAGCUGCAUGUGUGUAAGGUGUGUGGUAAAUCUUUCAGUGGCAGCAGUAGCAUGGCUCGGCACAUGAGAACUCACACUGGAGAGAAACCCUUUGCUUGCAAAGUGUGUGGCAAGUCUUUUGCUUUUAUUAGCCGUUUGAAUGUUCACACAAGAAUCCACACAGGAGAAAGACCAUAUUCUUGUGAAGUCUGUGGUAAGUCCUUCAGGAAAAACUGCCAUUUAACUAUUCAUAUGAGAACACACACAGGCGAGAAGCCAUAUUCCUGUGAAGUUUGUGGUAAAUCGUUUAGUGAAUGUAGCAGAGUGGACAGACAUAUGAGGAGUCAUACACACGAGAAGCCGUAUACUUGCACAGUUUGUGGUAACUCCUUCCGGUACGGCAGCAAUUUGACUGAACACAUGAUAACUCAUACGGGCGAAAAGCCCGACUCCUGUGAGGUGUGUGGUAAAUCUUUUACUGAAUGUGGUAGCAUGGGCAGACAUAUGACAACUCACAAAGCAGAGGAGAGAUAGUCAACACAUGGCCAUGUGCUUGUGAGACUGUCGUCGUUGUCAUAGUUCAUACACUGUGCAGUUUGACCCGGGCCUGAAAGGCCACAUUGUAAAAUGGUUGACACAGCAUCAGUACAUCCCUCCUGAAGUCUGAACAUACCUGUAAACGUUUAACUCUGAGGUUUAAUGCACAUUUGAAAGCAAAUGUAGUUUGUCGUAACAUGACAGAGCAAAGAUUGCAAAAGUGGAGCGAGAUCAAGUUUGGAAGAGAGGAGCUCAGAUAUGCGUUUAACUUGGGGCUGAACUGGGACGGCAGGUUGGGGAAUCACAAUGGAGAACCAGAGGAGGUGCAUUUCCUGGAACAUCACAAAUUAAUUCAUAAUUAGCUUUUUAUUGAAACGAGAUGUAAUUGGAAAUAAAGGUGA